UUCCGGUGAGCAAGAAAACAACAAACCAGGAAGGAAGAAGUCGCAGGAAGGAGUGUGGAAACUGAAGUUCGAAGUAGAGAUUCAAUUUAAUGGAUCUUGAGACUAGUAAAAAAAGACAAAGCCUCUCUACCUCUGCAUAACCCAGGCAUUCAGUAAAUGAGAAAGAAGGAUCUGCCUGGAUGAGUAUAGCCCAGGGGGACUGGAGCUGCAACAUGGUGCAGCCAAGUGGGUGCCCAGCUAGUGACUAUGGCAUGAUGGGAGACGACUCCUCUCUGGGCAAAGCUGGUACCCUUCAGUUGCCAGCUGAGCUAGCAGGACAUGAAGCUGUGCAGUAUUUCCUGGCUGAGAACAAAGACCUCAAAGAAGCCAUCCGACAAAGUAACCACAUGCUACGAGAACGGUACCAGGAAUUUGUACAGUUCCAGGCUUCCAAAAAGGAGGAGAAGGAAUUCAUUAUGAGCAAGUUCCAGGAGGCUCGGCUUGUGGUGGAAAAGUUGCACGUGGAACGCAUGGGGUUGGAAAUGCAGUUGGAGCAGGCUUUUCAAGAUCUAGAGCGACUGAAGACAGCUUCUCGACCAUUUCUCUCAGAGAAAGACCCCUCUGGCACCCAAGAGGAGCCUGACACUGUGACUCUUACUGAGGAAGAUGUACUUACUGUGACAUCGGGGAUACUAAAGCAGAAAAAGGAAAGGCCAGAAGAGGACUUGAAGGCAUUGCAAGACGCCAACCAGGCCUUACAGAAAGAAAAACUUGCCUUGCAGGCCACGAUCACCACACUGCAACGAACUGCAAAGGUCAUUGUGCCAGUAGAAGAGUUCAGAAUAAAGAUUAAAGAGAAUGGUUUUCCAUCGGAGCAGUCCCUGGAAGUAGAGUCCCUGCAGGGCUCAGGGGACAAAGACAGCGUUGGUGGGAAACAAAUUGAACAGCUGCAAAAAAGACUGAAGGAGGCUGAAGAUGAAAGCUUAACCCUUCGGCAACAGCUGGCAUCCAGUUUGGAGGAGCAGGCCUGCCGGACGGCCCGGGAGCAGGAGAUCCAGCAGCAGCUGCAAACUUUGACCAAACAGCUGGAGCAAGUUGGGGAGGAUAAGGCCUUAGCAAAGGCCCAGGUGACAUCCCUGCUGGGGGAGCUGCUGGAGAGCCAAAGCCGCCUCGAAACUUGCACAGAGCGAAACAAAGAGCUGGAGGAGAGGGUUCGUGGGGCUGGUGAACGACUGCAACAGCUUGAAAAGGAGGCUGAAGUCCGCACCAAACAGCACAGCGUACAGGUGGAUCAGUUACGGCUACAGGUGCAAAACCUUGAGAGCGCUCUGCGAGUGGAACGACAGAGUGCCACAGAGGAAAAGAGAAAACUAGCCCAAGUGCAGGUGGCCUAUCACCAACUGUUCCAAGAGUAUGAUACCCAUAUCAAGACCAGCUUGGAAAGUGAGAAGCGAAGCAAGGGCUUGGAUCUGCAGGUUGCUGAACUGUCUCAGCAACUGCAGCAGGCUGAAGAGGCUCUGGUGGCCAAGCAAGAGCUCAUUGACAAGCUGAAGGAGGAGGCUGAACAACACAAAACUAUUAUGGAGACUGUGCCUGUGCUCAAGGCACAGGCUGAUAUCUUCAAGACAGAUUUCCUGGCAGAGCGCCAGGCUCGUGAAAAGCUGCAUGAACAGCGAGAGACCCUGGUGGAACAAGUUGCACAAUUGCAGAGAGAGAAUGAGAAGCUGAAAGCUGACUCUGAAGGAGUCAGCCGGGCUCUGAUGGAAGAGAUGAGGAAUCGCCAUUCAGAAAUGCGUCCACCUCCUCAGCCACGUAAGUGUUGGCACUGAUUAUUUUGCAACAACUCCACUGAUUUCAGAGGCUGACACAAUGACAAAGCAGGGCUAUGCAAUGCUUCAGAUCUGAAGGCAAAAAAGUGCUUUAGAGUGUGCAUAGGCAGUGUGGAUGCAGCGCUUGGCCACAACUUUCAAUCAAAUGUGAUAUUUCCCAGAAUCAGAUAUAGCUGCGGAGGCAACCAUAUGGCCCCAAGAUGCUGUUGCUGCUUUAAAGAUUUGCAGACAACGGCUAUGUGAUCAUCCCUGCAGAAAGAUACACCUGAUAGAAUUAGAAGCCGUAGAUUUGUUUCUUUCAGCAAGGAUGUACGGUUCUCAUUUCAUAGUGUUGAUAAAGUGAUACCUGGGUGUAGGAUGUAGAUACACUUAAGAAUCAAAUAAUGCCUGUCUUUGGACAGUAUAUUUGUGCUGCGAAUUUCAUCUUUUUACUGUUAUACGAAGUAAUUUCUCUAGCAUUAAUUGUGAGUUUGAAUUUGAUACCCACCCACCCCCGGUACUGUAUCAACGAAACACUUCUCCUCAACUUAAAGCUCCAAAUCUUUCACUCAUUCUUUGUAGAUAAAGUAUGCCAAAUCAAGCUAAAUUUGCUGAAAAUUUGGGUGCUAUUUCAGCAGUACGGGGCGUGUGGCAAAGUUAAAACUGAAGAGUUUCAGUCCAGGGCUUACUGCAGGCAAGUCUUGCUGCUAGGUUUAGGCUUCUCUGUUCUUUUGGAACCUUACCCACUCCGGAUCAACAAAUGAUUUUAGAAAGAUUAGAU